UGACCAUGCCACCCCCUUCAUGAGAGGAGAGGAAGGGCCUUGAGAUCUUGUUAUUGGACCUGUUAUUUUUCUGUCGGUCCCACACAGGCCUCGCCAUGGAGGGUUUCACAGCUGUCCUCCUCAUCUGGACUCUGAUUGCUCCGGGCAGCAGCGGUGGCAGCGGCAGGGAAGCCUGGCCCACACACCUGGCCUGCAGGGAGGGGGGCUUGGAAGUGCUCUACCAGAGUUGCGAUCCAUUACAGGAUUUUGGCCUUUCUAUGGACCAGUGUUCCAAACAAUUAAAAUCAAAUCUCAACAUUAGAUUUGGAAUUAUUCUGAGAGAGGACAUCAAAGAGCUGUUUCUCGACAUAGCUCUCACCGCUAAAGGAUCGUCGAUUUUGAAUUACUCCUACCCCAUCUGUGAGGAGGAUCAGCCCAAGUUUUCCUUCUGUGGAAGAAGGAAAGGAGGGACAUUGUGGUUGGCCGGCAGAAAUGAGAGACCCACAGCACAAUUAUCCCAAGUGUUCAUGCACGUGCAUUAAAGAGUCACAAGCACCAAGUCACCUCAACAGAGUCAUCUCCAACAGGUUUAACCUAUUGGAACAAGGACCACCUGGGAAAUUAAAUAAAGAAUUACUUUCCUGUUUGCCUUAAAGUUAUUUGGAGCCUGUUACAGUGUUUUAAGCAUUCUUUUCAUAUACAUGUAUGUGUAUGAUUUAAACAUCGCUUAAGAACACUGGUGGUCUGUAUGCAUUCUGAUAUAGAACGUUUUGGAGGAACUCAAAGCAUCUUGACCUGAUAAUGAAAUAAUAACCACCCAAGAAAGGCUAACAGUUUCAGACGUUGUCACCUGUAGCCAGCAUCUACAGUUCUAUCUCAAGCCUUUUUCUUAUCUUUCUAAUUUUUCCCCAAAAUAAGUGUUCUUGAGCCCCAAUGUGGAAACAGGUACCCUUGGAGGUACUGCCAGCGUGGCAAGAAAGAGCAGAUCCUGGGCCAAGUCUUCCGUGACAUGGCUUCCCAGCUGGUUCCGGGUCUCAUCCUCGCUGCUGCCAGCGUGAAUGCAGAUCUCAGAAUGCCACGCCCCUCCCAAGAGACUUCAAGGCUCCCUCUUCUGUAGAAAAAGUCCAAGGUCUUUAACGACCAAAGUUCAUCAUAAAUUUGACGCCAGCCUGCUUCCGCUCGGCCUCUUGCUCCGUUCCCCUAUACACAGCUUUGGCAACCGCCUCAACGAAUGAAUGGUUUGCCGCUUUCUCACCGCAGCCUGCAUUCGAACACACGCGAAGUUGUUCAGACUGUCCCCUUAGCCUCUGUGGCCCACUCUGCAUCUGUCUUUCCUUCGCACCUAACUCAAGCAUCCCCUUGGCUCGGACGCCUUCCUCCAACCACAGCCAAAUGCAGCGCCUCCUGUGGUGCUCCGGGGCAUCGCGCUCCCGCUUCCUUGUUAGCCCUUGUCUCAGCGGGAGGUGAAUUCUAUAGUUAGGGGUGUGUGUCUCCCCCAUUAAACUUUCAGCUCCUCAAAGGCAGAAAUGUUUCUUGCUCAGAUCCAACUCUGCAGACAUGGCAAAGAGAGCUGGUACAGGGUAAAGACUAUAAAUACUGGUUUUACUGAAUAUGCAUGUGGAUGUAUAAUGGAUUGAAUGCAAGUACACCAGUCCAGCUCAAAGGUGACUAAUGAUGCUUAUGCAUGGCACAAAGACACAAGGUGCAGUGAAUCACAGCAGACAGUAAAUUUUUUUGGUCUUCCAAGUUUAAGGAAACCUUUCUAUUUUUGCCUCUGAGUAGAGUUUUAAUAGAAUUAAUAAAACAGAAGAGAUAUUAUUUGAGGUGUCCAAUUCAGUUAGCAGCUCAAAAGGCUGAUGUUUACCUUAUUUGAAUUCUGGGUGGCUCUGCAGCCAUUUAUUUGCUUUAUUGCAGUGGGGAAGAUGACUGCAUAGGCAGGCUGAGAAACUAGCAUUGGAGAAUUGCCAGGAAACUUCAUACAAUAUAAAACGAUCAGAAAAGUGAUAUACAAAUGCUGCAUGAACAAGUAAUUAUGCAAAUUAUAUAAGCCAGAGAAACUCAAAUCUUAAAUUCAGAGGCUUCUUGGGUUAUUAAUUUUUUUUUAACCCACCCACAAACCUACUGCAGGAAUGACUCUAUUCCAAAGAUGUGAUUAAUACUAAGACCAGAAGGGGGAAAAUGGCAACAGGGAGAACUGAAGUCAUUCCAAACCCAAGCACAAGCUGCUGUUGACACAGUUAGCAUGAAAAGGAGUCUCUCUGGGGUUUGCAGGUCCUUCUUAGCAGAGCAGUGAGAAAACUUGGUGUCCACUGUGGGCGACGCAUUGUGGUGUCAUAAUGUUGCAGCUGAGUUGUUUGGAAUCAUUUUUGCACCAUUACUACGCAUUUCUCUGCAAACUGCAUCUCACUGGCUGUCAUCCAAGCCAGAUUAAACUGCAAAAUGGGUCAGGCUUUGUGAGACUGUAGGUACAAAGUGUUGUCUCCUUUUUUUCCACAUCCUCCUCAGCUAGCGCUAAGGCAAGAAGCACAUUGGAUCCAAAGGCCAAGAGUCACUCUUUUAGUACCAUCAUUUAUGGUGUGAUUAGCAAUUUGAGAGAAACAGCCUAAAUGGCUAAUUAUAAGGUAUUGGUUAAUUUAGGUCAUUAUUGGACCAAAGGUACCAUAUGCUGUGAUUUUAAAAUAAUGUUGUAGAUUAUUAUGUGAAAAUAUACUCAUAAGAACAUUAAAUGACAAAGAAGAAUGCUAUAGGCCAGGCACAGUGGCUCACACCUAUAAUCUUAGCACUUUGGGAGGCUGAGGUGGGAG